AUCCACCUUUAAAUUAUUUUAAAUUGAGGCUCCAAUUGAAACCAACAAUUUAGUAACUAUCUUUCAAAUUGUUCUGUAACGAUUUGAUUAUGGUUCGAAACCCGUAACCAAUGCUUCUCACCCCUAGUUGAAAAUCUUUAGCAAAGUUGAUAAACAUGAUCUUUCUUCAACUUCCAAGCUCUCUGUACAGGCCACUCGUAGUCGUAGCCAAUCCCAAUCUCUCACACACAACCAGACUUUGUAAAUUAGAAUUUGGUGAACGAAACUUGCCAAUUUCAAGCUUAUAUUUCUCUAUUUCCUCGUAAUUUCUCACGAAAAAGGAGAACGAUGACAUGCUGUGCGGCGUUUGGAAACCGGAUAACCAUAUACAAUCCUCUCCCAGAGAUUAAAUUAUUCAGGAUUAGGAGUACUAGCAGUGUUAGAUUGAACAAGUAUUAUGGAGGUUACAGUUUCCCCAAGCAAAUUUUUUGUUCCAACGUUUUCCCACCUCAAAACAACUAUUUGGAGCAGAAGAAACUUGGGGUUCACUAUGACAGUCUCAGAAUCUUGGAAUGGGAUAAGCUCUGCGAUUUGGUCUCCUCCUUCGCCGGCACUUCCUUGGGUCGGGAAACCUCCAAGCUGCAAUUAUGGUCCUUGAAUAAGAGCUAUAAGGAAAGUUUGAUGCUUUUGCAAGAAACAAAUGCGGCUGUGGAAAUGCACAAGCACGGUGCUUGCCGCUUGGACUUCACUGGCAUCGAUCUUCUUCUGGUGAAAUCAGCUAUUGGACAUGCUUGGAGGGGUUUACCACUUGGUGCAAAUGAAGCAAUGGCUGUUAAAGCUAUGUUAGAGCUUGCUGAUUGUUUGCGGCUUAAUCUUGAAGCUGCAAUCAAGGAAGACGCUGAUUGGUACAAUCGCUUUAUGCCUCUUUCCCAAAUGAUAAUGGAACUGGUUAUAAAUCGAUCAUUAGUUAGGAUGAUACAGCAAGUUAUAGAUGAAGAUGGAUCUGUCAAAGACUCUGCUAGUCCUGCCCUCAGAAGAUCACGUGAUCAAGUACGGAUACUUGAAAAAAAGGUAAAAUCUGCUUUUACCUGAAGUCAAACUGAUAUUGGGAAUUUCCAGAAGUUUUAUGUAAAAACUUCAAGUUUGGCAUCAAUUUAUAAUUCAAAAGGGAUACUAGUGAAAAUCUUAACAGGAAAAUUGUGGCCAACAACAUAUUGACAAUAUAAUACAUUUUCUAAAGACUCCUAUAGCACCCUGGUGCCUUUCUUAUCAAGAUGCGAUUCCAUUACAAUUUAUCUCAUGGAUAUGGAUUGAACAUUCACCCUAUCUCUCACCUUUUUUUUAGAAAAAAAAAAUUUAUUUUUGUUUAAGAUUUUUUGUUUAAAGUAGGGGCUAUAUUUUGUUGUGGAACCUUAGAUGUUGUAUGAAGACAUUCAAAGGGAUGUAAAAGUCCUUCGCAGUGCUUGCAAAAUUCACUUGAGGAUGAAUGUCCCUUCUCUGUUGUAUGUUAGCCUUUGCUUGGGCCUAAAACUAGGGCCGACUGGCCUUUGCAUAUUAGUCCCAUUGGCUGCAUUUGGUAUGCAAGAUGGGAGAAGACAGGACAAAUCCUUCUUGUCUUGCAUGUGAUGCACACUCGAGACAAGCAACAACAAUAAGAAUAGCUAAGCCUUAAUCCCAAACUAGUUGGGGGUUGACUACAUGGAUUAUUUUUCA